AUGUUAGCUCGAUUUUUUCCAGCGAUCGGCCAACCAUUAAACGCUAAUCUGUAUGAAGAAAGAAGUAGGAAAAUCUUACUGGCUGCUCCUACAAAGAGCGGUAGGACGUCACUUCUAUUUCAAUAUUCGCUAAGCUUGGCUGAAGAAGACAAAUAUGUUCUUUUUAUAUCACCCACUCAACCGGAUAAAAUACCCCUAUUGUCAGAAGGGAAAGAGCCUCCAACUGCAAAAUUAUUAAAAUAUAUUACAAUGGUGUAUCCCAAAAAUCUUCAACAACUUCUACAGUUUCUAUCUUCUGCACAUACAGUGGAAAGAAAUAUACCGUACGCAGUGAUCAUUGACGACUUAGAUACUUAUUAUAUCGACAAGAACAAGACUGCGCAAAAGAAUGCCAUCAAAGCUACUAUAUGUUCGUAUUUAUAUGAUGUCGUAGAAUUUUAUUCAUCAAAGCUAACUAGCAAACCCGAGACCUCAAGGAAUGUUUCUUGCCAUCUUAUUGCUGCGAUUAAUUCUAGUUCAUUUAGUACUAAGGAUGUUAAAGAUGACAAAGACAAUAAAAUAAUGCAAGAGUGGUUCUAUCCUACAUUAUUGGUAACCAGUACCAAUACCUUAAAGGCACUAAACAUGUUGGAAAUAUAA